UCAGAUACGAAUGUAUAACACCAUCACAUCUCAGGUUCAACAAGAAUAACUAAAAUGAAAUAUGCUAUAUCUAUGUGUUUUCUUACUGUUGUAAUGGGAAUUUUACAUGCUCCACCGCAUCAGUUUACAGGAGAUUCAUUGGGGAGCAACUGCACUGAAGCAUUCGAUUCAAGAUGUCCUAGUAUAAAAAACAUGUCCAUGAUUUCUGGCCACUGCAAACGUUUGCUCGCAUAUCAAAGAUGUGGUCAUCCAGAUGAGGAAUGCAAAGGUUAUUUCGAAAAAACAUUUAACGUUGAAUGUUGUGGUCGUACAAAGUUAGAAAACUGCUUACAAAAGGCUCAACACACAUGUAAACAUGCUUUAAUUCUUCAUCCUAUAAGUAAACCCGAUAAGCAUUAUUGCAGACGCUUGCUCGUAUAUGCGACAUGUGCUUCUGCAAUCAAAAACUAUGAAUGCAAAAGUUACUUCUCUAAUCUGUAUUUCGGUGAAUGUAAAGCACACCUAGAGUCUCGACACUGCAUGGCAUUAUACAGACAAUCUUGCUUCGAAGCUGUAAGAGAUUAUCCAAUAUCGCAACCAGAUUUCGAGUACUGCAAACGCCUUGUUGUGUUAAAACAAUGUGCUGAACUAGAAAAAAACACAGUGUGUGCAGAAUUCUUUAAAAAACUAAUUGAGAAAAACUGCCCCCCGGCCGACAAGUGUAUGAUUUCUUUCAAAGAAAUUUGUCCUGAAGCGGAAAAAAAGUAUCCUAUACUUAUACCAGAUACGAAUUACUGCAGUCGUUUGCGCGUAUAUGAAGUAUGUGCUUAUUCGAAAAGCCACUCCUGCAAACUGCACUUCAACGAACUCAUUCAUGCAAUAUGUGAAGCUCAUGAAGAACAACGUGACUGCAUGGAAAUAUACAGAACAACUUGCUUCAAGGCCUUUAACGAUUAUCCUGAAUUGAAUCCAGAUACAAGCUACUGCAAACGCCUCUUCGUAUUUCAAAAGUGUGCUGAAGGUGAUGAUAAUAAGCACUGCAUGACUUAUUUCGACGCAAUCUCUAAAAUCCAAUGUGGCGAGGAAAAUAUAUGCGUACAUGAAUUGCAAGUAAAAUGCCCGUCAGGUGAAAAAUUGUAUCCGAUUGGUAACCCAGAUUUCAAUUACUGCAAACGCAUUGCCUACUAUAGAACUUGUUCUAACGACAUCAGUAAGAGGUGCGAGGAUUUCUUCCAACGAAGUGGUCUUGAUAAAUGUCCUAAAAUCGACUCGUGUAUAGAAGAGGCCAAAGAUAUUUGUCCCGAUGCGGAGAAACUAUAUCCCAAGCUGCCUCAAGAUACGAAUUUAUGCAAACGUCUCAUGCUAUAUAUCACGUGUGCUGAUGAGAAGAGAUACCAUUGCCAAGACCACAUCGUCAAAAUAUAUCGCGAAAAAUGCAGAACACCACUGGAAGCAGCUGACUGCCAAGGAGUAUACAGUUCAACUUGCUAUCCUGGCAUAAGAGACUACCCGGUAACAUAUCCAGAUACGAACAUCUGCCCGCGCCUUGUCGUUUUUAAAACAUGUGCUGACAAAUACGCAGACAAACAUUGUUUCCAGUCCUUUCAAAACGCCUAUAAAGUUUAUUGCCCUGAGAAAGACAGCUGCACAGAUUUAUUCAAAGUAUAUUGUCCGGAAGCCGAAGAACAGUAUCCCAUACGUGAAGAUGAUAUUAAUCUUUGCAAUCGCUUGCUUACAUAUGAAACAUGUGCAAUUCAUAAGAAGCAUAACUGCACAAAUCACUUCUACUUGACGUCUCUCGCUUUGUGUGAAGGAUUUGAAGUACGAAGUGACUGCGAAAAUAGAUACUUGCCUCAAUGCACUCAAAUCUUGAAGCACUACCCAUUGAAAAGUCCAGAUCCGCACAGCUGCGCGCGCCUUGUCCUGUACAAAACGUGUGCUCAGAAACACAAAGACCAUCAUUGCAUGGAAGCAUUUCAAAGAAGAUUUGAAUCUGAUUGCCCUAGCAAAGACGACUGCAUGGAGAUAUACAAACGUUGUCCGAUACCCGUAAGGGAUAUUCCCUUAGAUGAAUCAGUUAUGAAUGAGGAGGACUGCAAACGACUAGAUAAAUAUGAAAGAUGCUCAACUGAAGACCAAAGAUGCAGUAAUCUGUUCCAAACGAUGUUUAGUGUCUUAUGUUACAGGUGAUAUAUAUACCUGAAGGUUGAAAAUACUAGAAGUACUACUGAGGUCUUAUUCCGAUUAGCAAUCAAUCCUGAAGGUUAUGGCACUCAAUUAAAAUUCCUAUAAAAUAAAAUUGAAU